AUGCUCACGGCGGAAGAGCUCCGCCAGAUUGUCUUUGAAACGAAGGUCCAAGGGAUGCUGAUGGGUGGCUCUGCACUUUUCCGUGCAAAUGGUCAGACUCAGUUUGGUGCACGCAAACUCAUAUCUCUAGUACAUGGCGCCGACAAUGAAGAGGGAGGACUCCAAAACCUGGAUGGGGUGGCGACCAUUGACCUGCCCAUCGCCAUGUGGAGACUGCCUGGUGAUGAUCCCAUUCAGCUGCUCAAGGAUUUCAUAGCUCAUUGUGAUGGACAUUAG